GAAGACCCGAUCUAAGCAGCCUACAGAGCUGCGUAACCUGUCAAAAAUUUUCUCAAACUCUUGGCUCGAAAGUGUGAUGGAAAUUUUGACUCCUUCCAAAUUCAACAUCCAAAUCGUGGUAAAAUUAGAUCGACCCAAAUUGUAUCCUUGUUCGAUUGGAUCGUACUCACGCUGCUGAUACUGAUUGUGCGCAGCCUGCGAAGAAUGAACGACUAUCUGCAAAACGUUCUGAACAGCGACAUCUCCGAGGUGAAAAGAGAGUUUCCUCUGUUCGAAACGGCGGACUCGUUCGAAGGGAAUCAACGAACACGGGCUUCGCAUCUCUGGAGGAGCAGCCACAUAUUGGAACAAACGUCUAAGCCUUCGGCAGUGCCGUCGAAAGCAUUGGUAGGCGUCGGUGAUGAGGCGGCAGCUUCCGCGCCAGAUCUGAACGUGGUUCAGCUGGAGCCGAUUUCGAUUAAGUCCGAAAAGAAGAAUCCACAAAUUGUAAAUGUCAAGCAAACAUUUCGCUUUCCGAACAACUUCAUUUCCAAAAAGAACUCCUUUCACUCGUAUAACGGUAACGGUCGACGUUCCUUGGUUCCCCGAAAUAUGUGCAGCCAAACAAGCAAAACCAUCGUUGAACUUUAUGAAGCCCAAAAACGGGAAAAUGAAGUCCGACAAAUUCUGUCUCCGCAAAUUGCCGGUUCCGAUGACUGUUAUUCCGACAGUGAACAAUCUGCGGACGAACGCAGAAACCCCGUGCGAAGCUAUCGAAACACGUCUUACACGGUAGUAAGUGAAACAUCCAAGAGACCUCUCCACAAAUCCAACCCCAGACCAGUGGACAUGGUGAUGAUCAAGCCGAAAAGUCAUCGUACUAUCGCACCUACGACACCGUACUUUGGAGUGAAGAAAAAACGACCCACCUCCAAGCGCAAAUACACUCGGAACGUCCGCUCACGCGACCGGUUCUCGUUGGCUGCCUCAAAGUCUCCGAAACGCAAGAUCAGGUAUCCUUCAACCAAAUCGGAGAUCACUAGCGACGAGCUGGACACCGAUAAGGUGGAGUACGAAGACAGUCCGCUUAACAUAACGUCCGAAAGCAGCAACCCAUCGAACGACUCCUUGGACGACGAGUGUUCCAUAUUCGGAACGACCCAAAUUAACAAGAUCAUCGAUAAGCUGCAAGAUCACGUGUGGGAUGUCAGUUUGCAUGGGAUUCGGGAGCUGAUGGAUACGGCCAGCCAGAUCGAUUGGAAAAAGUACGAGAAACACAUGACCAUCAUUAACCGCAAGAUGAUAGACUUUUUGAAAAGCCCACGAUCGUCACUGUGCAGAUCGGCAUGUCAGGCAACGGGGGAACUGUUUCGGGAAGCAAAGUCAACCAAGCGGCCGGAGUUUGACGAAAUCGUUGAUAUCCUGCUGUGCAAAACGGCCGAUCCAAAUCGUUUCAUCCAGAAGGACGCCAACGUGGCACUGGACAAACUGGUGACGUACAUUCCUAUUUCGCAUUCGGUAAGGGCGCUGUCCGCAAGGGGACCCAUCCACAAGAAUCCGAUGGUCCGUAUCGCCACUGCCAGACUGUUGGUUUGUAUCUGUGCACUGUCCGGAUUGGAUGCCAUCCUUGGGACGAACGCUAACCCGAGAACCCGGAAAGCGAUUCUCACCAUGCUGGCCAAGUUCCUAACUGACAAGAAUCUUGAAACAAGGAAAUUUGGCGAACGUCUAUAUAAAAUGCUGAGGAAACACAAGUUCUUUAGCGAAUAUUUUUACAAGGAUAUGGACAGUAACUGCAAGAAUAAUCUGAAACGGAUGCUGAGGGGUAUUUAAUCGAACUCAAAUACGGGUGGAACAAUUUGAAAACUAGGCUUACUAAUAUUUAUUCAAUAGCUUGGUAUUAAAAAUUUUGCAAAUGUGGUAUUUAAUUUU